AGCUGAGUGGGCGGAGCGAUCAUGGCGGUCCUGCUCUGGUUCCUGAUCCUGAUGGCGAUGAAGACGGCGAUGGCGAGCUACGCUGCUGAGGUGGUCUCAGCUCACAGCGGGGGGGCGGCACUACUGACAUCACAGCUGUGGACGCUGCGGCGCCGACAGGACGUGCGGUGGACACACCCCCACCUGGUGAUGUCACUGAGGAACAACGUGACGGCGUGUCACCACGGACGCUGCCGGCUGCUGAGCGACGGCUCGCUGAGCUUCAGCCGCGUCCAGAGCGAGGACGCGGGGACGUACAGCCUGGAAGUGUUUGACGAGGACGGGAGGCGACUGCUGAGAAGGGACGUCCUGCUCACUGUGGACGACCUGAGCAGCAGCAGCAGCAGUAUGUCGGUGUCAGUCCUCCUCGUCCUCUUCGUCCUCCUGCUGCUCGUCUUCAUCAUCAUUUUCAUCGUCAGGAGAAGGAGGAGCCAAAGGGCGAGGACGGCAGGUCCGCUCGAGCAAAAUGUUUACGUGACGAUGCACGGUCACCGUGGCAACAAGAGGAAAGAUGAGGAGGACAAAGAGGAGUCUCAUUACGUUCCCUGUAAUCCUGUUGUUUCCAUGGAAACACCAAUCACAGAGCGGCUGUCUGUGGACGUGGAGGACAUCUACGUGUGAGGACCAAUCAGAGCACACACAUGCACAAAAACACACACACAAAUGCACACACACUCAUAUGCACACACAUGCAUGC